AUGCCGCCAAAAGACCAAAGCUCCUCGAUUCCAAGUAGCUAUCAAGAUUCAAGAUUGUAUUACAAUCAAAGACAAGAUCCGAUGUUCACCAAUGAUACAACUUCAUAUCGAGAUCAUGAUCCUUAUAAUCAACAUCUUAUGAAUACAGACAACCCUUUAUCACAUGCUGCUACUCUCUCACCUUUUCACCAUCCAACUUCGACUCUAGAGAACAAAACAGGAAGUGAAGAUGAUGCAGAGGGUGAGACAGACGAUGAAGAGAAAGGCAAAGAUGAAAGUGAUUUCACCGAGGACGAAGAGACAGGGUAUGAUGAGUCCGAGGAAGAACAAGACAAAUGGAUGGACAGUAAUAGAGUUGAUCCUGUGAUUGUUCCUCAGAUACCAGUGAUGGCAGAGACGAUGUAA